AUGCCGUACUCGACUUUCCGACUAAAUCUGUCCGUCACUACACCUUACAACGCUGAUUUCGAUGGUGAUGAAAUGAACUUGCAUGUUCCCCAAAGCGAAGAGGCUCGCGCUGAACUUAGUCAACUUUGCAUGGUACCAUUGCAGAUUGUAUCCCCUCAACGAAACGGUCCGUUGAUGGGUAUUGUCCAGGAUACUCUUUGUGGAAUCUACAAAAUCUGCCGUCGUGAUGUUUUCUUAACGAAAGAGCAGGUCAUGAAUAUUCUACUCUGGGUCCCUGAUUGGGACGGUGUAAUACCCCAGCCCGCAAUUUUGAAACCCCGGCCUAGAUGGACUGGAAAACAAAUGAUCAUGCAAGUGGCGAACUUAUGUAUGGGAAUGUUUUCCAAGAAGACAGUUGGAGCCACAGGUGGGGGUGUCAUUCAUACUAUCUUCAAUGAGUAUGGGCCUGAGACGGCGAUGAACUUCUUCAAUGGCGCCCAAACCGUAGUCAACUAUUGGCUACUCCACCACGGCUUCAGUAUUGGAAUUGGUGAUACAAUUCCAGACCUAGCUACAAUCGAAAAGAUUGAGGAAGCAGUUCGUGUGAGAAAGGAGGAAGUCGAUGAGAUCACAGCUAGUGCAACCGACAAUACCCUAGAGCCUUUGCCUGGUAUGAAUGUCCGUGAGACCUUUGAGAGCAAAGUAUCUCGCGCCCUUAACAAUGCCCGUGAUGAAGCCGGAACGGAGACCGAAAAAAGCUUCAAGGACUUGAACAACGCUGUCCAGAUGGCCCGUUCUGGUUCAAAGGGCUCGAUCAUCAACAUUUCUCAAAUGACUGCGGUUGUCGGCCAGCAAUCUGUCGAAGGCAAACGUAUUCCAUUCGGUUUUAAAUAUCGUACCUUGCCACAUUUCACAAAGGAUGAUUAUUCGCCAGAGUCUCGUGGCUUCGUCGAAAAUUCGUAUCUCCGUGGUUUAACCCCGACUGAAUUCUUCUUCCAUGCUAUGGCUGGUCGUGAAGGUCUUAUUGACACUGCCGUCAAGACAGCUGAAACUGGUUAUAUCCAGCGGAAGCUUGUCAAGGCUCUUGAAGAGGUCAUGGUUAAAUACGAUGGUACCGUGCGUAACUCGCUGGGGGAUGUUGUACAAUUCCUUUACGGAGAAGACGGUUUGGAUGGCGCACAUAUUGAAAAUCAACGCGUUGAUAUUAUCAAAUGCUCGGACGAAAGAUUCCGUGAUAGAUAUCGAGUCGAUUUGAUGGAUCCUGACAGAACUCUAUCUCCCAAUGUAUUGGAGCAAGCUACGGAAAUUGCUGGCGAUAUCGAGGUACAGAAGUAUCUUGACGAAGAAUGGGAGCAGCUCCUGAAGGACCGUGCUUUCAUGCGUAGCGUUGCCAAAGAGGACGAAGAAAUGAUGCAACUGCCAAUUAAUGUUCAGCGUAUUCUCGAGUCGGCAAAGACUAUAUUUAGAAUUAGAGAAGGCGCCAUUAGCGACUUGCAUCCUGCAGAGGUCAUACCUCAAGUCAGAGCGCUGUUGGAACGCCUUGUCGUUGUUCGUGGUGACGAUGUGAUCUCCCGCGAAGCACAAGAAAGUGCCACGUUGCUCUUCAAGGCACAGCUCCGUUCCCGCCUUGCAUUCCGUAGACUCGUUGUGGAAUAUUCACUUAACAGACUCGCAUUCCAGCACGUAUUGGGUGCUAUCGAAAGUCGAUUCUCCAAGGCGAUGGCGAACCCUGGUGAAAUGGUUGGUGUUUUGGCUGCACAAUCAAUUGGAGAGCCAGCAACACAGAUGACCCUGAAUACUUUCCAUUUUGCUGGUGUCUCGUCCAAGAACGUCACCCUUGGUGUGCCUCGUUUGAAGGAAAUUCUCAAUGUUGCCACUAAUAUCAAAACCCCUUCUAUGACUGUCUAUCAAGACCCUAGUCGCGCCAUGGACAAGGAAUCUGUCAAACAGCUCCGUAGUGUUGUUGAGCAUACCAGUUUGAGGUCGGUUACAGAAACAACAGAGAUCUACUAUGAUCCCGAUAUCCAAUCUACCGUGAUUGAAGCGGACCGUGACAUGGUUGAAUCAUACUUCAUUAUCCCUGAAGAUGUCGCAGAUGAUUCGAGCCGUCAAUCUAAAUGGUUACUUAGAAUCAUUCUUAGCCGGCCGAAGCUCCUGGACAAAAGUCUUACGGUUCAAGAUGUUGCAAUGAAAAUCAAAGACGCUUAUCCGCAAGAUAUUGCGGUUAUAUUUAGCGAUAACAACGCUGAUGAGCAGGUCAUUCGUAUUCGACAAAUUCAAGACUCUAAGCAGGAUGACGAUGAUGAUGACACCGAAUAUGACGUGACACUAAAGAAGCUGGAAAGUCAUUUGCUUGAUACCCUUACUUUACGAGGGGUGGCUGGCAUUGAACGUGCUUUCAUCAAUGAGAAAUCGAGAGUUCGCGUCUUAGAGGAUGGAUCUCUGCAUCAAAGCGCUGAUGACCCUCUAUGUAAGGAGUGGGUUCUUGAAACCAGUGGAUCGGCACUCGGCGAAGUCUUGACCAUCCCUGGCGUGGAUACAACUCGCACGUAUUCUAACCAGUUCAUUGAGAUUCUGGAAGUAUUCGGUAUCGAAGCUACUCGUACUGCACUUUUGCGAGAGUUAACCCAGGUGCUUGCUUUUGAUGGAUCGUACGUCAAUCAUCGUCAUUUGGCCCUCCUUGUCGAUGUUAUGACUUCACGAGGCUUCCUUAUGGCAGUAACCAGACAUGGUAUCAACCGUGCUGAUACUGGUGCUUUGAUGCGAUGUUCUUUUGAGGAAACAGUGGAGAUUCUACUUGAUGCCGCUGCAUUUGCAGAGUUAGAUGACUGCCGUGGGGUAUCUGAGAACCUGAUCUUGGGACAGAUGGCACCAGCUGGAACUGGGGAGUUUGAUGUCUACCUUGAUCAGGAUAUGCUUAUGGGAGUCGUUUCGAGCAACGCUGGUCUAAUGGCGGCAGAUGGCAAAGGAUUACUCAGUGAUGGAGCUGCCACACCUUAUGAUAGCAGCUCCCCAUUGCAGGACAACAUGUACAUUGGCACACCAGACCCUGACUCCAAUUUCUCACCUAUCAGACAAGCUGGAUCUGAGACCCCUGCAGGGUUCACUGAAUAUCAGCCUUCCGGAUUUAGUGGUGGUUUCAGCCCUCAUGGCGCGAGAAGCCCCGGCGGAGGCUAUUCGCCUAGCAGUCCUUUCAAUACCAGCCCGACCUCUCCUCGCUACUCUCCAUCCUCUGGGUACUCUCCAACCUCUCCUGGUAUGAGCAUUACGAGUCCUCGAUUCAUGUCCUCUCCUGGGUUUUCGCCAGCCAGUCCAGCUUUCGCGCCAACUUCGCCUGCGUAUUCGCCAACCUCUCCGAGCUAUCAACAAUCACCGACUUCGCCAUCGUAUUCGCCUACGUCUCCUGGUUUCUCUCCCACGUCACCUAGUUACAGCCCAACGUCUCCCAGUUUUAGCCCUGCUUCGCCUGCUUUUAGCCCUACUUCUCCUAGUUAUAGCCCUACAAGUCCUGCGCUCGGAGUUUCGACUGGCAGACACCUUUCUCCAACUUCCCCUACCUCUCCUAAAUAUACUCCUACUUCCCCUGGUUGGUCUCCAACCAGUCCAGAGACCUACUCACCCACCUCUCCCAACUUCUCUGGCUCGCCAACUUCUCCGGGAGGUCCAACAUCCCCUGGUUACAGCCCGACCUCCCCCACUUUCAACCCUAUAUCUCCACGCCAGUAGGCUCGACAUUUAUACAUUUGCUCUAAAGGAGAAUCCCCUUUUCCAUUUUAUUUUUGCGAUGGCUUUUUUCUUAUUGCAUCGCUGUACUACUAUUUCAUGUCAUUAGCAGUUGCAUACUGAAGCAAAAACCCCAUCCCGCAUGGCUAGGCUUUCUAUUAGUUGGUCUGUUAUAUCUUCCAAUUGUUUGGCGUUCUUCUUGUGGUGUGUCCUUUUCACAGCCUUCCUUUAGCCCGGGUGAGUACUACCUUUUCUUUUUUCUGCCUGCCCCUUUUCGCCCCCUUAAAAUUGUAAUGUUUUCUGGGCACAAAAUAUUUCCUGCAGCGUUUGAUCCAACAAUAUAAGGAGAAGGGAAAGAAAAAAAAAACCGAGAAGGAUAAAAAGACUAAAAAUAAUCAGUAGAUAUUGGCACCCACGCACAUAAUAAGCCGGCGUUGGAGAUGCUUUCUGUAUUUUGUGUUGGUGUCGCUUGUAUAGCAGUUCUGAUUUUACUUCUUUCCUCUUUCUUUUCCAUUUCCUGCUCUGUGUACACAGAUUAGCUACUUUUCGUAAAGAAAAUAAGAAUUAAAAUUUGGAGUUUCAUUUUACA